UGCCUUCUCUCUGUUGAGACAGAAGAAGCUCUAGCUCUAGCUCUGGCUCUAGCUCUAGCUAGCUGAGCUGUUUCUUGUAUUAUUCAUUAUCAGAAGCCCGCAAUCUCUCUGUUGUUGAUUAUCAGGGAGAGGCGAGGAAGAGAAAAAAAAAUGGAAGGAAGUUCGAAAAGGAACGCAAAUGGAAGCAAAAAGGACAAGGAUCUUUUUCAUGUUAUUCAUAAGGUUCCUUGCGGCGAUGGUCCUUAUGUUAAAGCCAAGCAUGCUCAGCUGGUUGAAAAGGAUCCAGAAACGGCAAUACUAUGGUUUUGGAAGGCAAUUAAUGCAGGAGACAGAGUAGACAGUGCACUAAAGGACAUGGCAGUGGUGAUGAAACAAGUUGACAGAACUCAGGAAGCCAUUGAAGCUAUCAGAUCUUUCAGAGGUCGUUGCUCCAGACAAGCUCAAGAAUCUCUCGACAAUGUCCUCAUUGACUUGUACAAGAAAUGUGGGAUGGUAGAGGAGCAGAUAGAUUUGCUGAAACGGAAGCUGAGAUUGAUAUACCAAGGCGCAGCAUUCAAUGGAAAACCCACAAAAACUGCUCGCUCUCAUGGCAAGAAAUUUCAGGUUUCUGUCAAGCAAGAAAUCUCCAGAUUACUGGGAAACUUAGGCUGGGCCUAUAUGCAGAAAUCGAACUUUAUGGCAGCAGAGGUUGUGUAUCAGAAAGCCCAAAUGAUCGACCCGGACUCAAACAAGGCUUGCAAUUUGAGCCUUUGUCUGAUCAAGCAAGCCCGAUUUGACGAGGCCCGUUGGCUUCUCCAGAGUGUCCUGGAAGGUAAACUUCCAGGUUCAGAGGACAGUAGAUCCAGGAAAAGGGCUGAAGAAUUGCUAAUGGAAGUGGAAUCAAGACAGCCACUGCCUGAACUAACAGAUAUAUUGGGUUUUGAUCUUGAUGAUGAUGAUGAUGAUUUUGUUAAGGGGCUUAAGCAAAUAAUGAAUGAAUGGGCUCCAUCAAGAUCAAAAAGGCUGCCAAUCUUUGAAGAGAUAUCUUCAUUUAGAGAUCAGAUGGCAUGUUAAUUAAAUUUGUAAAUUUUUUUAAAAAUUUAAAAUUGUGGGUAUGUGAGAUUAGUUGCUGUUUGAGGUGAUAGUGGUGUUUUUAUUUAUGAUUGUUGUAGGAUUUAGGAUUGCUCUUGUUUGGAAAACCAACAAGGAUAAAGGCAGUAAUAGCAAUUUUAUAUUAAACAAAA